AUGAUGGGUAUUUUCGCGUUUCUUUGGAUGGGGAGUCUCGUGCCACUCUGUCAACCGCUAAUAUACACAAAUGACUGGGCGAUCAGGAUAAAUGGGGCACCCGCCUCUGCAGACAGUAUAGCGGAGAAAUAUGGAUUUCUCAAUUUGGGUCAGGUAAGUUCUCCUCAAAGUUGCAUAUGAGAAUCAUACUUUUCUACAGUAGCCUAAUGUUUCCUUUGCAGAGACAAAGUUAUCAUUUGGUUCAUGGUUCGACUGCAAUGCAAAUAUGGGGGAAAACGUUCCACCGGUCUAUAGCCUAGGCCUACUAAACUUCUCUUUGGCUAGCGGACUAAACUCCUGGUGACAGAAUUAAGUUCACCAUGGAGUGGAGUUUAGUCCGCUGUUCUUCGGCCUAAACAUGAAAUCUAACUUUACUCAUUCAUCAUCAUUAAGUUUGUCAAAUCUGCCCAUCAACCCAGCAUUUUGAUACAUAGCCUAGGUCUAUUUUAUUAGCUGUUUCCUUUAAAGUACGUCUAUUUUGGAUGAAAGACGUUUUCUAUCCCAUGUGAAUGACAAGCUUUUUGCAUGAAAUGCUAGAUUUAAUCUGAAUCAUUGGCUCUGAAUCAUUCACGGUUGUUUGGCUGCAGCACUCAUCAGAUUCGUUUCUGAGACCUCAAACAGUCAUGUGGCCCCCAUAUCAAAUUAGCCAAGUCAUUGACCUUGUAGUGAGCACCCACAUCAGACUAUCUUCCUUAUCAGAAGAUUCAGGCCACAAGCCCUCUUUUCAUAUGCCUACAUCUUUUCAGAGCUGAAACGAAGGCUCACGCUACUAUUUGCCAUCCUGGUUCAAGGAGAGAUUGAUUUCAGUCAUCUCACAACUCAGUCGGUCGAUGUAUGAUAGUUUGAAUGGGAUCAAGGAGUCAUCAUUUCCACUCAUGGAUUGCAACAGCAGUAUGGUCCUAAGAAUAGCCAAAGCACUACUCUUACUGUUUUGUCCUUCCCUCUAUUAGAGCCCUCAUGGAAACAUGGUCUGUUUUGUGUGUACUAGCCUAAGUUCCUUUCUGUUCAGGUCAAGGCACACAUACGUAAUGGUGGUAUUAUGAUAAACCUGGGUGUCAGAAAGGAGUGUAUCCACAGGCUGUAGCCCAGCCCAUGGCUCAGUACCUGGGGCUCAGGUUGCGCUGGCCUGAAAGUCUAGUAGGGGUGUAAAGUAACCUUCUCAAUGACUGAUGUCAAUGACAGCUUCAUUAUUUAUCAGCCAUUUAGACAUGGGGACACAGCUGAAAAAGCAUCAGAUCUCAUUAGGAUACAUAUACACGAUUGUGUGUUUAUGUGUUUCCUACUUUACUCAGAUUGGAGACUUGAACAACUUUUAUAGUUUCCGUCACAGUGGGACGGUGAAGCGGUCGACGGUGUCCAACAAAGACUUUACUGACCUCAUCGCCAAGGAGACCAAGGUACAGUAACUAGAUCCCAUUGGAGGUGUUAUUGAUACCCUCCUAUGUAAUUUAUCAGCUGCAUGACAUCCUGCACACACACACAUGAACGAGCACACACACAAGCAAGCACGCACGCACACACAUAAGACUCAAUUGACAUAAAAAAAAUCUAUAUGAAUAUAAUUGGACGUUUUACCUGUAAGGAAUUCAGCAGACUCAGCAAGCAUGCAAAACUCCACUUGUACCCUCUAAAGUGUGCAUUCCAUACUACUGUAAGUAGCCUACAGUAGGAUCCCUAUAACCUCCAUUCCUCUGCAGGUGGAGUGGGUGCAGCAGCAGGUGGUCCAUUGGAGGACCAAGAGGAACUCCAGAGCCAGUCACAUCUACUCCAUUGACGUCCGGACUAAACACAUUCCCCCAGGCCCCAUCCAACCUAACCAGACCCAGACACUGGUUUUCAAUGACCCCCAGUGGUGCAGCUUGUGGUACAUUGUGAGUAUCUCUCAGCUGAGAGGCAACAACUGCACUGCAGACAUACAGUAAUGUAAUAAAUACAUCCUUUCUCUUACCUUGAGGUAAUCACUAAUCUGACAUGACAUGAUUGAUGAGAGCAAUGUAAGCGAAACAGAUCAGUGAUUACCUGAAGGAAGAAAGGAAGGAAGGAUGCGUUUUUAAAAGGUAUAUUUAAACAGGGUCAAACAUAUAUUUACAAACAUGCUACAGGUGUGUGUGCAUUACCCACAUAUGCCCCACUGUUUUGUAUUGUGCUUUGCGAGGACGCCUUGUAGUUAUAAAUAUUACUAAAGUAACAACUAAUGAUCCAAGUAAACAUGACAUUUACUGAUCCCCCCCUCCCGCAUCAACAGCACUGCAGUGAGGGCUCCCAGGGCUGUCCGUCCUACAUGAACAUCGAGGGGGCCUGGAGGAGAGGACACACAGGGAAGGGAGUGGUGGUGUCCAUCUUGGAUGACGGCAUCGAGAGAGAGCAUCCUGAUCUCAGGCCAAAUUAUGUAAGUGCCUCGGAACCGUCUCUUCUGAAGACUUCACAAGGACAUUUAUUAAAAGCAAUUUGGCAAAUGUCCCGAAUGUAAAAGUCCAGAGCUGAUCCAAUAUGCUGUCAAAGCUCUUGGCCGGGAGCUUUUAAAGGUCAAUGCAGAGUAUUAAAAUACAGGCUAAAUGUCUUGUCCACUUUAGUGUUCAGACACUGCCUAGUUGAUUUGUGAGUCAAUAGGCUCUGACUGGUGGAGUAUAGACCAGACUAGACCAGACCAGACUGGAAGACACUAAAGGCCGAUUAGCCACUGACUUUUGUUUUUUUAUGUGUCACUGUAUCUUAGGACCCCUUUGCGAGCUAUGAUUUCAAUGAGAAUGAUGAUGACCCCACGCCCAGAUACGACUCCAGCAAUGACAACAGGUUAUUCUUAUUUUCAAUAUGCAGAUUGGUCAUAGCUGGAGAUGUGAGUUUUUCGUGGUAAGUUCAUGUGGUCAGGAAAAACUUAGGGCCCUACUUAUUGCAGCUUUUUGCAGAAUCUUAGCCCAUUUUAUAAAGCAACUUACAUUUUUUCCCACAAUUAUGCUCAUAUAUUAUAUUCAUAUGCAUAUAUGAAUAUGCAUAUUCACUUCUUUGAAUGUGUAUAUUCUUUGCCAGUUUGAUGUCGUACAUAUAGCCUGUCUCCUCAUACAUAUGCAACUAAGCUAAUGUGGUAUACAUUCCCUUUUAUUUCUGGUAAGCCAUGGAACAAAAUGUGCUGGGAUGGUUGCCGCGGCAGCAAAUAACUCCCAGUGCACCGUUGGAAUCUCCUUCAAUGCUCAGAUAGGUGGUGAGUCCAUGUGACAGUUCAUAAGUUCAUAAAAAGUUUAGAGUUCUUUAUUAGUCACGUUUAUAAAAACAUAAAAUGUGUCUCCUUGGUGCAAACACAUAAAAAAUUGACAUACUGUAUAUUCAGUUCAAGUUCAGUAAGUAGAAGUAAAGGUAUAUUGUAUAUUGAAGAUGCAUACAUACUGUAUGGUGCUGAAGGUCUCCUGUAAGUCAGGUGGUCCAUUCCUAUGGGUGAUCCAUCCUAUGUAGUGAAUGGAAUGCUAAGGUUAUGAAAGUCCAUCCCACUCCCGUAUCUGCAGGCAUUCGUAUGCUGGACGGAGAUGUGACGGACAUAGUAGAGGCCCAAUCCCUGAGCUUCAGGCAGCAGCACAUUGAUAUUUACUCUGCCAGCUGGGGGCCGGAGGAUGACGGGAGGACUGUGGAAGGACCUGGCCCUCUGGCUCGCCUCGCUUUAGACAACGGCAUACGCACUGUGAGUGUGUGUGUAUGUUUGUGUGUCUGUGUGUCUGUCUAACUCGUCUGCAUCAGUACAGUCAAAAAGUUUAUUCUCCACUGUGUGUGUGUGCAUGUGCGUCUGUGUGUGUACUUGUUUUCCUACCUUAUCAGGGCCCCAAUGUCCUAAUAAUUCAAUCGAAUGUCCCGACAAGGUAGGAAAACAAUAACUUUUUUUCGUAAAGUUAGGACUCUUUUCAUCUGAAUUUGCUCAAGUGCUAUUUUAAGUUUAAGGGUUAGGUUUAGUUUUUUUGGGUUAGGGUUAAGGUUAGGGUUCUGGGGUUUAAGGUUAGGGUUAGGGGUUAGGGAAAAUAGGAUUUUCAAUGGUCAAACAAUUUUGCUCCACAAAAUGUCCUGAAAUGUCACGAAAAUAAAGCUGUGUGUCAGUGUGGUGUGUGUGUGUGUGUUUGUCUGUGUGUCAGUCUUUGGCCUCAGGCUGUAUGUUUACUUCUAGGGCUUAUCUUUAUCUUCUUAUCAAUAUGUAAAUAACAUACAAAUAUGAAUCAUUAGUGGCUCUUCACGCUUGGCAUUAAUCACAGGGGAGAAGGGUGCCCUUAGGCACAGAUCUAGGAUAAGCUUACACUCCCCAAAUCCUAGCCUAAACCAAUUAUGAGGGGAAUACGCAAAACCAACCUUAGAUCAGUGUCUAGAAUCCAAAUCCUAUAAAGAUAAUUCAAAGGUAAUAUGACCAAAACUAUUACUCCCAUGAACCCCCCAGGGUAGGAAGGGACGUGGCUCCAUCUUCGUGUGGGCGUCGGGUAAUGGUGGGCGGAGCAGGGACCACUGCUCCUGUGACGGCUACACCAACAGCAUCUACACCAUCUCCAUCAGCAGCACCACCCAGAGUGGGGCCAGGCCUGACUACCUGGAGCCAUGCCCCUCGACACUGGCUUCCACCUACAGCUCCUUCUCCACCGACAGACAGGGAGCCAAGAUGGUGAGUCAAGCUGUAUAUCGGCCCCAACUCGGCUAUACGUGACGAGUCAAUUUUGAUUUUACUUAAUUAUUUGAUUUGAUACAAUAGCUGUAUAUGACAGUGAUUUAAAACAUGUUAAAGGUGCAGCCACUUCAGCUAUUUUCAGCUGCAGCGCUUGUUUGUGAAAUGAAAGGAUGGUGUGAAUAUAUCCAUUAGUUUUUUUAUUUUGCUUCUUGACAAUGUGUUUGUAGGAAAUUAAAUGAACUGAAAGUUACAAAGUGUAUCUUUUAAAACCCCUGUAUGAUGUUAUAAGGCAUAAUAGCACAUCUACUGUAACAUUUUAUAGUCACACAACAGGACUAUUUCUAUCUGGCAGGUAACAUUGGACCUGAAACAAGGCUGUAGCAAGGAGCAUUCUGGGACCUCAGUCUCCGCUCCAAUGGCAGCAGGGGUCAUCGCACUCGCCCUGGAGGCCAAGUAACCUACUUUCCUAGAGAUAUCAUCACUGAUAUCUAAAUCUAUUGAUAAUAUUAUAGGUAACAAGGAGUUUUUCCUGACCACAUGACCUGACCAGGAACAACUCUGGGCCCUAGUUACAGGCUAAAACUUGGACUGCAAAUUCUUCCUUGACAGGUCACGUGGUCAAGAAAAACUCCUGGCCCUAGUUAUAAGCUAUUGAAAAUAUUAUGCUAUAAGAUAAUAUGCUAUACAGUGUUGUUAACUUGUGUCUGUGUGACCCUGAUCCAGCCCAAUGCUGACUUGGCGGGACGUACAGCACAUUAUUGUCAGAACGUCACAGGCCAGUCACCUGACCUCCCCUGACUGGCACACCAACGGAGCUGGAUACCAGGGUAUCUGAUUUGAUUGAAUUUGCUCCCCAUAUCCUGUCCACAAUUGAGUUUGUGUUCGUUCAACGCUUAGCUACAGAAAACUAAAAGGUCUUUCCUUCAUUUAUAAUAAUUUUCCAUUGAUAUUCAAAAACACAUACAAGGGAACAAUUAUUACUGUACCACUACACGACAAACAACCACAUUUAAGACAUUCCUAUCUGGAUUGACCGACUAAUUGCUUCAUUGAUUGCUUACUAGAGUCAUUGAUCCAUUCAUUUAUUUGUUUGUUUAUGUAUUUGUUCUUCCUUCUGUCCAUUCAUUCAAUUAAUUCAAUUAAUUAAUUCAAUUAUUAAUUGGCAGUGAGUCACCUGUAUGGCUUUGGGCUGCUGGAUGCAGAGAGCAUGGUGAAGGAGGCUGAGCGAUGGAGACUGGUCCCCUCCCAGCAUGUGUGUAAGGAGGCUCCCAUCCAACAGAGCAGGUACUGGACUGACUGCUUCCCAACAUGGACACAAUCCUCUAUUCUCUUUGAAGCAUAUCCAUCUAUCCAUCUCCACAGAGAAUUCAUCGGCAUGGGAAUUCCCUCACAAUUUCUCUGUGUUUCGCUCGUACUUUCUCUGUAUCUCUGUCCUUCUCUCUCACUCUCUCUCCCACAUUCUCUUUCACCCCUCUGCCUCUCUCUACUCCCUUCCGCUCCCCUGUCCCCUCUUCUCUCGCUCUCUACCUCACUCAUAUAACAGAACCAUUCCUCCAGGCCUUGUGCUGAGGUCUGUGUAUGAGUCCACUGGCUGCUCCCUUCAUCCCCUGCAGCACAUUGUCUAUCUGGAACACGUAGUCAUCCAUGUCACCAUCACCCACAGUCACAGAGGUGACCUCUCCAUCACACUCACAUCACCCGCGGGGACCAAGUCACAGCUACUGGCAAACAGGUAAGACUUGUCUUGGACCCUUUUCACACUUCUGGGCCACGACAAGAUUAACUGUAUUGUGCUGGCCUGGUUACACAUCCACCAUAGGUCCUGGAGCUGUGAAAAGGGAAUUUCUGAGCCAACAAAGUAUGGUUCAGGUUGGCAUAAUCGUGUGAAAAGGGUGUUGGACUGUAGUACUGAAUACAAGUGGGAUUGGUCACUUCACCCACUCAUUACAAAUUCAAAAUAUUUGUUGAUGAUACAUACUGGCUGAUGUUGUGCUGAGUGAUUUAAAGUGAUAGUUCACCUCAAAAGUAUUUUGUCUGACUUUUUCUCACCAAAUAAGUGGUCUAAUGUGGAGAUAAGUCCAUAUCCCACCCCAUCUGCUGUAGAUCCCAGAUAUAUCCCUCAAUGCCAAUUGAAUAGGAAACUUAGGAUCUAUACAACAGAUGGCAUGGGACGUGGACUAUUGUGGACAUUGGAUUACAUUUUGUAUGAAAAUGUAUGCACUCACUAACUGUAAGUCGCUCUGGAUAAGAGCGUCUGCUAAAUGAUUAAAAUGUAAAUGUAAAAUGUUGGGUCUGAAAACGUAAUGACAAACUUUGGGUUUAGAGAGAAUCCAGAAAUGACAGUGUAACAUGGUUAGAUCAUAAUGUAUUUUGGUCCGAGUCACAGUUGCAUUAUAUUACACCAUGGUUGUGUUUUGGUCCUGGUCAUAGUGGUCAAUAUAUUACACCGUGGUUGUGUUUUGGUCCUGGUCAUAGUGGUCAAUAUAUUACACCGUGGUUGUGUUUUGGUCCUGGUCAUAGUGGUCAAUAUAUUACACCAUGGUUCUGUUUUGGUCCUGGUCAUAGUGGUCAAUAUAUUACACCAUGGUUGUGUUUUGGUCCUGGUCAUAGUGGUCAAUAUAUUACACCGUGGUUGUGUUUUGGUCCUGGUCAUAGUGGUCAAUAUAUUACACCAUGGUUCUGUUUUGGUCCUGGUCAUAGUGGUCAAUAUAUUACACCAUGGUUGUGUUUUGGUCCUGGUCAUAGUGGUCAAUAUAUUACACCGUGGUUGUGUUUUGGUCCUGGUCAUAGUGGUCAAUAUAUUACACCAUGGUUCUGUUUUGGUCCUGGUCAUAGUGGUCAAUAUAUUACACCGUGGUUGUGUUUUGGUCCUGGUCAUAGUGGUCAAUAUAUUACACCGUGGUUGUGUUUUGGUCCUGGUCAUAGUGGUAAAUAUAUUAUACAGUGGUUGUGUUUUGGUCCUGGUCAUAGUGGUCAAUAUAUUAUACCGUGGUUGUGUUUUGGUCCUGGUCAUAGUGGUCAAUAUAUUACACCGUGGUUGUGUUUUGGUCCUGGUCAUAGUGGUCAAUAUAUUACACCAUGGUUGUGUUUUGGUCCUGGUCAUAGUGGUCAAUAUAUUAUACUGUGGUUGUGUUUUGGUCCAGGCCUCUUGACCACUCCACUGAGGGAUUCCAGAGCUGGGAGUUCAUGACCACUCACUGCUGGGGGGAGAAGGCAGCAGGAGAGUGGAGUCUAGAGGUCCUGGACACUCCCUCUCAACAGAGGGACAACAGUGAAACAGGUCUGCCAUGCUAUACUUCUACCACUAUUCAAUACCACAAGAAAUACACCAGAUAUCAAAUACUGUAACGCAUGAGUAGAGUCCUGAGGUUUUUCCUGAUCACAAGACCUGACUAGGACAAACUUGGGGCCAUAGUUGAUUCUGGUCAAGUCAUUCAGUUAGGAAAAACCUGAUAACCUGUAGUUUUUUCUUCCUCUCUCUCCAUUGAUUUACAGGGGAAUUGAGAGAGUGGUCAUUAGUGCUUUAUGGCACCUCAGAGCAACCAUACUCCAUGCGCCGUGAGCAAGCCCGCUCGGCAGAGCUGCCAACUGACGGUGGUGACCUCACUGAGGAAUAUAGCGGUGAGUCACUUUACCCGCUGUCACAGAACAGCUUUGGAAUAAGACAACACACAAUUAUCACACCCUUUUAUAGCUUAGACACCGGAAUCAAACGACUAAUUGUAGCCUGUAUCAGAGCUCCAUUUGUUUAACCAGUAGCCUACGUCAAGGCUAAGUCCUAAGGCUUCACCAAGUCUUAAGGGUUCCACCACUUUUUAUAAGUGUUUGUUAGAGACAUGUUUUCCCUAUUCUGACUAUCUUCCUUUGUCAAAUGAAUUAUUCCAGGCUAUGAAAAUGCAUUAUGAGAAAUUAAGUUUUGUUGUGUUCCUUCCAGGCCUAUGUGACCCAGAGUGUAGUGAGGAUGGCUGUGAGGGACCAGGCCCCCUGCAGUGUGUCACAUGUCUACACCUCUUCCUCAAGUUCAAGAACAACACCAGGUUAGACUAUUCACUCUAAAUGUAUAGGUUGGAUUCAGUGAUGUUGCAGUAGGUCUCCCACUCAUGCUUUAAAUUGAUGAUAUAUAUCUUUAUAAUAAGAAAAAAUAAUUAAAAUAUAUAAUAGUUCGCAAUAGUCCAGCGGCCCAUUAUUACAUAUUUACGAACCUCAUUUAAUUGGCUGUUAUCGAGUCAUGGAUGUUUCUCACAGUAGCCCUCCGGCUUUCCAGCUUUGAACUCUGUAGGACACACAGUUAACACAUACAUUUAGUAUGUGUCCCAUGUGGAGACAAUACUAGUGUUGCACUAAACAACAUCCUCCAACCAACCAACAAGGCAUGUGCUUUCUAUCUUACAGGACGUGUGUGUCUGUGUGCCCAGUGGGAUUCUGGGGCGACCGGCGUCGCUGUAAGAAGUGUUUCUCUUCCUGUGAAAGCUGCACGGGCAGCCGCAGUGACCAGUGUACUACAUGUCGCCCUGGACACCACCUGACCGAGGGAACCAAUAGCUGCACGGCCAGUUGUGGUGACAACUAUUACUUGGACCAUGGUAUGUCCCGGGAUGCGUUCCAAAUUACACCCUAAUGCCUAAGUAGUGCACUAGAGUCUCACAUAAUUUUGGUCCGAAGUAGCGGAUAGAGAAUAGAAUGCAAUUCUGGAUUUUCCCCCUACGUUGUGAGGCAGUCAUCAUCAUUCUAUGACAAACAUACAUCGAUUUUUAUCGAAUUUAAGUUAAAAAACUUGAAAACAAUAUGAAGAUGUGAAACAAAACCACUUUGUGUUCAUCACAGAGGGACAAACUGUAUAUUAGAUGUGAGUUGAUAUCGUGACGAAUCAUUAGACUUGCUAGCCAACUCUGUGGUACGUUCACAGAGGGAAGGAGAAAACAAUGAAUUUGAGCAGUGCACAGGGAAAUUAGUCGGAUUUUCCCUGACCACCAGUUAUAAAAAAUAAUUACAGUAAUAAGGCAGCUUAAAUCUUACACCAUGUCAAUUGUAAAGUUGAUUGUGAGUAUAUGUGACAGACCGGCUCGAUUCGGUCUUAUGUAGACAGCAUUUGAAAUUGUGUUUUUUAUAUUGGAUAAAAGUAGAGACUCAGAGCUAGAAAAUGGUAUAUCAUACACUACAGUUGUGGAACAAUGGGAAAGUAAUUCUGCUUUGAAAGUUGAUAAACUUUUGAGAAAAUGGCCCUUGAAUGUUUUGGUACACCUACUGGAGAGCUCUUCUUUGAUUACACCCAUUCAGCAUCGUUCACACCCUCUUAAGCCUUAGCCCCACCCAUCUCUUUAAGGAUUCACAUGUGAGGCCAUGUGCUAAACAGAGUGAGUAUGGUAGUGUACUAAACAACCAAAGAUUUCAAAACUAACGGCUGGUUUAUAUUAAGUCUAUCGACAUGUCUGUAGACAGUUGUCGCAGUGACAUCCUGAACAUUCUAUUGUCGUCCGACAUCAAACUUGUCGUUGUCGUUAUGAAAAAGUAUUAACACAAAAACUACAGGCUGCAUGACAUCAGCAGCCUGGUGGUCCAAAAUAGAAUAGCUAGUGUAUUUUAACACCAAUAAACCCAUCUGUUUAAAAAUUAAUUUAUUAUAUGUCAAUCUAGAAAACCAGGCAACUGAAAGCAACUUUCUAAACAAUGUUUUGAUUUGUUUCUAGCUUGUUAGAUAAUGACCAUAUUAUAUAGCUGACAACGUCUUAACUUUAGUUCAUUUGUAUUUAUUAUUACAGGAAAAAUAAACUCACAACAAUAUCAUUAUUUACAAGUUAAUGAUGAGCUAAUUACAGAAAAUGGCUUACGGUUGUGAGUGUGACGAAAUAAAAGCAGGGCAUUCUACCAGAUAAUUUUUUUACUUGGACACUGUCUCGUUGGCCUAACGUUAUAUCCUAAUUUGACUUUAGUGCAGGUCAUGUUGUUCUUCACAUUACCGUCUCUGGCAAUUACACACUAUAUCAAAUAAAAUAAAAGUUCAUUUGUCACAUGCAUAGGAUACAAAAAAAAAUAGCUAACAUUAGGCUAUAACUAGCAAUGCAAAUGGCUCUGAGAUACGAAUAAUGUUACUACACAGAUCAUACACGUAACGUUAGCUAGUGAGCCAGUCAGCUAACGUUCACUAGCUAGCUAACAGUAUGCUUUAACUUGCAAUGAAAAUGACUUUCUGACAAAAUUUGAAAGCUAGCUAGACUCUCUUACCUAUAUACAUGGAUGAACGCUUCUCCCUCUCUGUCACGGAUGCCAUGGUUGCCCUUAGUUUGAAGAUGUAAUCCGGAGACAGGUGUUUUAUACAACAGCCUUCUGUGUGUUCUCUUUUCGACUCCCUCUACAUAUUUGCAAUCAAACGCUAGAAUUAUAUCCAUCUCCUUAGCUAUCAUACUCUGCUUCCACCGGGCAUUCCACUGAUUUCAAAACUCGGUCCUCCAGAAAGUGGAGAGCAACACUUUCGCAGCUCUACUACGUGAUAUCUUUUAAAAAAGCCGCUUUAGAAAGGAAUACCUACACAUACUGAGCAGCUCAUGUUAUAGACAGAAGCGUGCUAUAUGGCAGACCAAUCCGAACUUAUCUCUCGGCAUGUCCAGCCCAUCCAUUGUCUCAGCCAAUCAUGGCUAGCGGGAAGGUUCCUGUCUUUUUCCGUGGCUUAACCAACUAGGCUCAUAAUUUAACAUUUGUAUUCGUAUUUACAGAUGGCAUAAAAGUUUGUUAUUAAGGCACAUGAAAGUUCACAUGUUCCAGAAGGCAUUUCUGCUAAAAAACGCAUUUUGAUAAAAAAUAUGUAUGGUUACAUAUGUUCAAAUGCCUCUCCUGUGAAGUAGUGACGCGCGACAUACGCCUAGUUUGUAGAUUAUCCCCAAAAAAAUUCAAGCCCUAUUCCCCAAUUUUUUAUGAAUAGGUUGUUCAUAGCAUAUGACAUUUUAAAAAUGAAAUCUACAAUGUACUAUUUUUCAUACUAUUUACUAUAGCAUUGCAUACUGGUGCAAAAAGUGCAUGCAAAACAUAGAUAUAUAAUAAAUAACAACAAAUAUAUACAGGUUCAGUCAAAAGUUAGGACACACCUACUCAUUCAAGGGUUUUGCUUUAUAAAAAAAAAGAAUUACAAAGUAGAAUAAUAGUGAAGACAUCAAAACUAUGAAAUAACACAUAUGGAAUCAUGUAGUAACCAAACAAGUGUUAAACAAAUCAAAAUAUAUUUUAUAUUUGAGAUUCUUCAAAUAGCCACCCUUUGCCUUGAUGACAGCUUUGCACACUUGGCAUUCUCUCAACCAGCUUCAUGAGGUACUCACCUGGAAUGCAUUUCAGUAAACAGGUGUGCCUUCUUAAAAGUUAAUUUGUGGAGUUUCUUUCCAUCUUAAUGCGUUUGAGCCAAUCAGUUGUGUUGUGACAAGGUAGAGGGGGUAUACAGAAGAUAGCCCUAUUUGGUAAAAGACCGAGUCCAUAUUAUGGCAAGAACAGCUCAAAUAAGCAAAGAGAAACGACAGCCCAUCAUUACUUCAAGACAUGAAUGUCAUCAAUCUCUAUGAUGAAACUGGCUCUCAUGAGGACCGCCACAGGAAUGGAAGACCCAGAGUUACCUGCUGCAGAGGAUUUCAUUAGAGUUACACAGCCCAAAUAAAUGCUUCACAGAGUUCAAGUAACAGACACAUCUCAACAUCAACUGUUCAGAGGGGACUGUGUGAAUCAGGCCUUCAUGGUUGAAUUUCUGCAAAGAAACCACUACUAAAGGACACUAAUAAGAAGAGACCUGCUUGGGCCAAGAAACACGACAUUGGACAUUAGACCAGUGGAAAUGUGUGCUUUGGUCUGGAGUCCAAAUUUGACAUUUUUGGUUCCAACCGCAGUGUCUUUGUGAGAUGCGGUGUGGGUGAACGGACGAUCUCCGCAUGUGUAGUUCCCACCGUAAAGCAUGGAGGAGGUGUUAUGGUGUGGGUGUGCUUUGCUGGUGACACUGUCUGUGAAAAACACUUAACCAGCAUGGCUACCACAGCAUCAUUCUGCAGAGAUAUGCCAUCCCAUCUGGUUUGGGCUUAGUGGGACUAUCAUUUGUUUUUCAACAGGACAAUGACCCAACACACAUCCAGGCUGUGUAAGGGCUAUUUUACCAAGAAGGAGAGUGAUGGAGUGCUGCAUCAGAUGACCUUGCCUCCUCCACAAUCACCCGACCUCAACCCAAUUGAGAUGGUUUGGGAUGAGUCGGACGGCAGAGGGAAGGAAAAGCAGCCAACAAGUGCUCAGCAUAUGUGGGUACUCCUUCAAGACUGUUGGAAAAGCAUUCCAGGUGAAGCUGGUGGAGAGAAUGCCAAGAGUGUGCAAUGCUGUCAUCAAGGCAAAGGGUUAAAUCACUUUCAACACUUUUUUGGUUACUACAUGAUUCCAUAUGUGUUAUUUCAUAGUUUUGAUGUCUUCACUAUUAUUCUACAAUGUAAGAAAUAGUACAAAUAAAGAAAAACCCUUGAAUGAGUAGGUUUUGUCCAAACUUUUGACUGGUACUGUAUAUAUCUGAGCUUUCUAACUCAUGAAGAAAUGUGUUAUACGGCCAUCCACUUAACAUUUAACAGGCUAGUCCUCGUACCCGCAUAUGCAUAGCCACAGGAAGUAGGGGUGCUGAGGGUGCUGCAGAACCCUCUGCUAAAUCAAAAUCAAAUAUAAAAUAAUAAGAAAUAAAUAAGAAAUGAAUAAACAUUUCUACAAAAUGUGUGAACUAGGCCUUUAUUACUCCUGUAUGUGCAGAAAAAAAUACUCCUCAGCACCCACCCACCUCGCAGGACAAUAAGUUGCCCCCAUCCCUCCUGCUAAUUGGGCGACGUUUGCAAAUGUUUUGUUGUUUGAGUGAGGGAGACGUUGAGGAUUAUAAUAAAUACUGCUUUGAUGUCAUACAAGCAAGCUAAACACUUGUGAAUCAAAAUGUGCACUUCACAUUUCCAUAUCAUAUCGUUGUUAUACCCUGGGUUGUUCUGAACCGAAUGAGCCAAUGUUUCUCUAUUGUUAAGAAAAUGUGCUGCAUCACGCAACUGAAUGCUCUCGUGACUCCUUUCUAUGCGCACCAAAAUUAUUAUCUGUUUCCCUGAAAUGCAUUGUGAAAGCUUAACAUUGUAAUAUCAUAUUUUAUAACUAGUCAUGUUGGCAAUAGAACAAGCCUUCAAAUUAUGCCUACCUGACCCAGAUUGGGAUUUAUAAUGGACCGUUUUUGGAUUGCGUUAACAACAACAGUAAUUGUGUGAUGACUGGGAUGGAGGGUUGUGUUCCAACCAAAACAACUACAAGUGUGCUUGCUCUAGUUCCUCAACGGCACAGCUAGAUGAGCUCAUAGUUGGAGACUCUUCUUUGAGUCAUAAAAUUGCAUAGAAAUUGCUUAGGAACUGUGCCCACUUUGGAGAGGUGUGUGGCCACUUGGAGACACCAGGUAGACCUCUCACUCAAAUACUUGUAAUUUCUUUGUUUUAUGUUGCAACUACCCCACAUUUUCCAGGAAUAUUCUUAUCAUGUUACUGAAUGUAUGCAGAGUAUUUUCAGAUUUCGUUAUCAAGAAAUGCGGUGAAAAGUACAGUAAAUGUAAAAUAUAAAUAAAAUCAACAGUGUCAUUUUAGGAUUCAGUCUUGUGUCAGGUGAACUGUUGUGUCCUCACCUUUUGGUCUAAUAAUUUUUCCAUAAUCUCCAAACUGUUCCAUUUCAAUUGCUAAGAUUGUUAUGCAUUUCAUAUUUCUUAUGUAAGAAACAUUUAAUUUUAGCCCUAUCCAUAUAGGCCAAUUCCCACGAGUGUAAAGGAUUAAGGAUAUUAUGCUUUAUUGUUGUAAAAACCAAGCCAAUGUCUCUACUGAAUAUGUGCUUAAUGAACAAUGCUUUUACUUCAACUGGAGUGGAAUUAUAUUUAGCAGGUAUGAAUGCUUGUAUUGUUGUUUUCCCACAGAUGCAAAUAUGUGCAGGAAGUGCAGUGAAAACUGCUUGAGAUGCACCUCGGCGAACAUCUGCACAGAAUGCAAAUCCGGCACAAGGUAACCAAUCCCUCUGAUGAUGCCCGAAUUACCAACUCAUGCAUUUCUUCUCUGUACACAGUGAUUCUCCAUCUCAGCCACAGAGAAUACUAAUUCACACACAUACACACACAUAUUCUAAACCUAUUGCAACAAAGCAAACUCCUAUUAUAAUAUUUGUUGUAUUUUGGAGAGUUAUCAGAUGAAACUUCUUAAUGAGUGUGUGCUCAGGGUCGGAACACAGAGCCCAGAUAAUGAUGAGUCUCGCUCUCUCUUUCUCUCUCUCUCUCUCUCUCUCUCUCUCUCUCUCUCUCUCUCUCUCUCUCUCUCUCUCUCUCUCUCUCUCUCUCUCUGUCUGUCUGUCUCUGUCUGUAUGUCUCUCAUUCACUCACUUACUCACUCUCCCUCCCCCCACCCCUCUAUCACUCUCUCUCCAGUCUGUUGGGGAACCGUUGCCAGAGGAGCUGUGGACCAGGAAGUUACCACAAUGUGCAGGAGAGCACCUGCGAGCCCUGCCACAAGGCCUGUGCCACCUGUGCAGGUAAAGGGAGGGAUGACUUGGAUCAUACCAAAUCAAACAGGACCCUAAGCCAUAUUUGAAAAAAUACAGUACUAAUCAUGGAGCUAGUCAUCAGCAUCACCAUCUACCUGAAGUGAUAAUGUGUCAUGAGAGGGACAAUUUAUGUGUUUACAGUACACAUGUUGUCUCCAGGUGCAGGUGUUUAGAUGGGUUACAGUGUGUGUGUGUGUGUGUGUGCGUGUGUGUGUAUGUGUGUGUAUGUGUGCCUGCAUGUGUGUGUGUUUGCCUGCGUGCACGUGUGUGUGUUAUCCCAGGUGCGGGCAUUGAGGCGUGUAACCAGUGUGCUGAUGGUUAUCUGAUGGAGGAGUGGAAGUGUGUAUCCUCCUGCAGUGCUGGCUUCUAUGCCAUGGAGAGCAGCCCACAGACAACUAGUGAUGGACCCAGGAUAUGCAGGAGGUGAGUGAGUGAGCUCUGAGUCUUGGUGUAGGUGGAUUGUUCAUUAUUAUGAUGGUUGACCCCAUUCCAAAAUGUGUAUAAUAAUAAUUUGGUGGGUGCUUAUAUUUGUCCUAUUUCACACAUGCGUGUUAAUACACGUGUGAAUUGUACAUGUGCUUUUUGCAUAGUCCAACUCCCCAACAGCCAGGGUCUGCCAUUAUCAAUGGUGACCCUAUAAGCACCCACCAAAUUAAGAUCAAGUCCCUUCCUCAAGUGCACAUUGACAGAUUUUUCACCUUGUCUGCUCGAACUAGUGACCUUUCGGUUAAUAGCCCAACACUAACUGCUAGGCUACCUGCCGCCCUGUGUGUGCGUGUGUGUGUUAUUGUGCGUGUGUGUCUGUCUAUUUGUGUGUGAGUUUGUGCGUGCGUGCUUGUGUUCAUGUCUCUGUCUAUUUCUGUGCACAUGUGUGUGUUUAUGUAAUCUCAGCCAGUCUGCUGGUACCACCUCAGGUGUGAUGCCAGCUGUCUCACCUGUGUGGGAGCGGGGAAGGGGAACUGCAGCAGCUGUGCCAGUGGACACAGUCUUCUGGACAAAGUGUGUAUGGUCAGCACCGUCUGUGGUGAUGGUCAGUCAAUCAAUCAAUCAUUCUCCUUAAACUCACUCGUACAACCUAGUGUCUAUUCCAGGGGUGAAGGUAAGGCGGUACGGUCCGGUACGGCAUCCCAGCUAAAUAUAUACUGGGGGUAUGCCGUACCGGUAAAACAUGAGCCUAUCACAAUAAUUAAAACAACAUUUCAAGAAAACUGUAGGCUAUUACACCACUUCUUAUCAUUAGCGCAUGUCAGAGGCAUUAAAAAUGAGCGAAUGGACAUGAAAACGGGUUGUAUAGCCUAUGCUCCAAAAUGCGAUGUGGCUCCACAAGAACACAGACAUUUUGCCAAGGCAGAGAUGAGUGGCCAACUCUGAGACGCUCACGGACAGCAGUGGAAGCAUAUAUUCUGUCCUAAUGACAAUCGCCAAAUGUAAUUACACUUUUUGGUGUCUAGUGUAACAGAUGUCUCUUUCCAUUCAUUCACCACUGUUUGGAGGCUGGAAAUACACUACAUUACCAAAAGUAUGUGGACACCUGCUCGUCGAACAUCUCAUUCCAAAAUCAUGGGCAUUAAUAUGGAGUUGGUCCCCCUUUUGCUGCUAUACAGUAACAGCCUCCCCUCUUCUGGGAAGGAUUUCCACUAGAUGUUGGAACAUUGCUGCGGGGACUUGCUUCCAUUCAGCCACAAGAGCAUUAGUGAGGUCGGGCGCUGAUGUUGGGCGAUUAGGCCUGGCUCGCAGUCGGCAUUCCAAUUCAUCCCAAAGGUGUUCAAUGGGGUUGAGGUCAGGGCUCUGUGUAUGCCAGUCAAGUUCCUCCACACCGAUCUCGACAAGCCAUUUCUGUAUGGACCUCGCUUUGUGCACAGGAGCAUUGCCAUGCUGAAACAGGAAAGUGCCUUCCCCAAACUGUUGCCACAAAGUUUUAAGCACAUAAUCAUCUAGAAUGUCAUUGUAUGCUAUAGCGUUAAGAUUUCCCUUUACUGGAACUAAGGGCCCUAGAUCAAACCAUGAAAAUCAGCCCCAGAAAUGUUUUCCUCCUACUCGGUAGUGAGUGUUGCAACCGAGGACAGACGAUUUUUACGUGCCACGUGCUUCAGCACACAGCAGUCUCGUUCUGUGAGCUUGUGUGGCCUACCACUUCGCGGCUGAACCGUUGUUGCUCCUAGACGGUUCCACUUCACAAUAACCGGGGCAGCUCUAGCAGGGCAGAAAUUUGAUGAACUGACUUGUUGGAAAGGUGGCAUCCUGUGAUGAUGCCACGUUGAAAGUCACUGAUCUCUUCAGUACGGGCCAUUCUACUGCCAAUGUUUGUCUAUGGAGAUUGGAUGGCUGUGUGCUCGAUUUUAUACACCUGUCAGCAACAGGAGUGGCUGAAAUAGCCAAAUCCACUAAUUUGAAGGGGUGUCCACAUACCUUUCGUGAUGUAGUGUGUGUUGUGUGUGGAUGAACGUGCGUGGGUAACCUAGUAAAGGAGCCCUUUUGAAGUGAUUGUCAGAUGAAAACAUCAUGACUGGUUGUUUUUAUGCCACAAUAAAAGGUAAUACAUUUUUUAAGUAAAUGACAAAUCUUUACAGGGAUUCUAUAUGUAAUUCUAUGAUUAGGCCCAUAACAUUUUUGGGUACACGCGCUUGAUAGGAGGUCCCGUACCGCGAAUAAAUGAAUUCUACUUUCACCCCUGGUCUAUUCAGAUAGUGAAUCGUAUAGCUACUGUGUUAGUGUUGGUCACACUUUAUAUUAUUACUACAAAGUAACUAUACAUAUAACUAAUGAAACGUAAUCUGAUCAGUUUCCUUUCAUUUACAAAUCAAAUAUAGUUGUAAAUGCCUCAUCUGCAGUUGCCUGUAUUAAAGUAUUACAUGGUAAUUACAUGAAAUAACAACAUAAAUGUAAAAUGUUGCCUUUGUGUUUUGCUUGCAGGAGAGUACCAGGAUAGCCAUGGGAAGUGCCAUGCAUGUGAUGCCACGUGUGUGAAGUGUACAGGCCCAAAGUCAGAGGACUGUAUCAGCUGUGACCCCUCUAGGUAAGUCUAUGGUGAGGACUGUAUCAACUGUUGCCCCUCUAGGUAAGUCUAUGGUGAGGACUGCAUCAACUAUGGCCCCUCUAGGUGAGUCUAUGGUGAGGACUAUCAGCUGUGAGCCUUCUAGGAAAGUCAAUGGUGAGGACUGUAUCAGCUGUGAGCCUUCUAGGUAAGUCAAUGGUGAGGACUGGAUCAACUAUGGCCCCUCUAGGUAAAGGGAUUUCCAUACAGGAAGAGGUGGGGCGGAGCGGAGUUCCCUAUAAUGGAGAUUCUUAUUUUCUCCGCCUCGGCUGAGUGGCUUUCACGUACAUGAGCACCGCUGAUCGCUCUGCCUGGAUAGAAUUCCACCCCCGUCUAGCUCCAUUGAAAAUGAAUGGGCAUCUCCGCCGGCGCUUCAUGUCUUUAGAGGGAUACUUCGGGAUUUUGGCAAUGAGGCCCUUUAUCUACAUCCCCAGAGUUAGAUGAACUCGUCGAUAAAAAUUUUAUGUCUCUGUGUCCAGUAUGAAGGAAGUUAGAGGUAGCAUGCUAGAAGAUACCCAGAGGCUUCCAGUCAUUGCGCUAACGCUAGUUAGCAUUGGCUCACAAACUACCACUGACUUCCUUCAUACUGGAUACAGAGACAUAGAAAUGGUAUCCACUCACCUAGAGGGGCAAUAGUUGAUACAGUCCUCACCAUAGACUUACCUAGAGGGGUAAUAGUUGAUACAGUCGUGACCAUAGACUUACCUAGAGGGGCCAUAGUUGAUACAGUCCUAACCAUCGACUCACCUAGAAGGCUCACAGCUGAUAGUCUUUACCAUAGACUCACCUAGAGGGGCCAUGUUCCUCUCUGACCUCUGUUGCUCUCUUCCUGUGUCAUCCUUUCUGAGACACUUAUUUUUACAUAUAAAAGGUGCAUUCUGGUAAAUGUACAUCCCUUUUGGUAACACAAGGCAAUACAAAAACAAAAUUAGCCUAGAGGCUAAACAAAAAGUGCCAGCACUUUUUACAGGCAAUGAAAGUUCCAGAUUGCACCUUUAAAUGGAUAGUGCGAGAUUCUGGCCAUUAAGCAGUUUUUCUACUUAUUCAGAGUCAGAUGAACUCGUGGUGGAUGCCAUUUUUAUGUUUCUGCAUGCAGUUUGAAGCAAGUUGGAGGUAGUUUCGCGAGCCAAUGCUUACUAGCGUUAGCACAAUGACUGGAAGUCUACAGGUACCGCUAGCAUGCUCCACCGGAGGCAAAUGUAGUUUAUAGUUAGGUGCUGUUGUCUCAUUGUCUCAGGUCCCUGGAUGAGGGUCGCUGUGUGGCUCAGUGUGCCCAGGGGAAGUACCAGUCAGGUGGGCAGUGCCACCUGUGUGACCACACCUGUGCCAUGUGCAUGGAUGGAGGGCCUGCCAACUGCACCAGCUGUGACACCGGUGAGCGGAAGGGACACCUGUCAUUCUAACUGACACAGUCCGAUGGACAUGUGCUCUGGCUCUGGGACAACAAACACAUUGCACUUAUACCACUAACAAAUCUAUCUUUUACUGUAAUAGACUAACUGUGUGUGUGUGUGUGUGUGUGUGUGUGUGUGUGUGUGUGUGUGUGUGUGUGUGUGUGUGUGUGUGUGUGUAACGAUUGUGCAUCUGUCUGCCUGCCUGCUUGUCCUCCAUCUGUGUUUCCCUCAGAUAAAUUCAACAUGGACCGCUACCUGUACAAGGGGGGUUGUGUCGACGCUUGUCCGGAAGGCCAUUACCAUACCCAGGAGAAGAGCUGCGAGGCCUGCCCCGACAACUGCAAACUCUGCACCUCCGCCACACACUGCCUGCGCUGUAACUCCUCCUACUACAUCACUGAUGGAGUCUGCACCCAACUGGAGUGUGGAGAAGGUGACAGACAUAGCCAAAAUGUUGUUUGAUUUUGUGUUCUUAUAUAAUACCUGUCUACAUCAAGUAUAAACAUGAAAAAUAAAAGUAUUUUGAAGUAUUUCUGUCUCCAUAGAGAAUCGUAAUUCCCCUUUUUCCCAUCUCUCUCUCUCUCUCUCUCUCUCUUUGUCUGGCUCCCCUCUCUGUCUGUCUGUCUUUCUGUCUGUCUCUGCACCACACUCUCUCCCUUUCUCUCUCUUUCAUACAGGUGAGGUGGAGGAUCCAGAGUAUGAUGACUGUAUGGCCUGUGAGGAAGGCUGUAAGAAGUGUGUACUGUGUAAGUUAGUCUACCCAUGUACCAUGUGGACCCUAUCUGAACUCCUGUCUGUCUGUCUCUGUCUCUGUCUCUGUCUCUGUCUGUCUGUCUGUCUGUCUGUCUGUCUGUCUGUCUGUCUGUCUCUCUGUCUGUCUCUCUGUCUGUCUGACUGUCUGUCUGUCUGUCUAGGAUGAAAGGAUGUCUAAGUGUGUUUUUCUGUAUUCCUCAGAUAACCCCAGGCAUUGCCUAUCCUGCACUGACGGCUUUUACAAGUAAGUAGUACAAGGAAUAAAAAUCUUGCAGAAAGUAUUAUUUUAAUCUUAAUGAAACCCCCCUUAGAUUAUGGAAUAUGACCUCAAUAUUCAAUAUCUCCGUGUGUAAAUGAAUGGGUGACAGUGGAGGAAGAUGACACAAACCAACUUCUUGCAUUGAGUGUAGAUUCCAAGAUGGCUGCUACAAGAACUGCCCAGCGAAGACGUUCAGCGUAGAGGAGGAGAUGGCCUGUGUGCCGUGUGAUGAGAAGUGCGUCAGCUGUGACGAACACGAGUGCUACUGGUGUGAAACCGACCUCUUCUUAUCAGGUAAGGGUUUGGUCGGUGCAACUGUUUGUGUUGUGUGUGGGUUUGUGUGUGUGCUUGCAUGUGUGUGCUUGCGUGUGUGUUCUUGACAUGUUUUAAAGUAUGCUCUGUUCCACCUAGAGGGGAAGUGUGUGCCGGAGUGUCCGGACGGUUUCUACGGAGACGAAGACACCCAGGAGUGUGAAGAGUGUCACUCUGACUGUGUGACAUGCAGCGGUCCCGACAGUGAUGACUGUGUGUCGUGUGAGGAGGGGAAAAGCCGGGAGGAGGGGGAGUGCGUCUCUAAACAGGAUUUCUGCCCUGUUAAGACCUUCCUCACUGGUGAGAUUUAAAGGAUGAAUUUACCGGAAAAUAACCAGAUAAUGGAACGUUCAAAAGUUCACCUAUACUGCAGUAAAUGUGCUUCAAAGUGGAUGUUACCACACUGUCAGGGCGUAUUUCAGAAAUGUAUUACAUUACACAAGUUAUUGUUAAAUGAUUGCCAAUGACCUUGGCACUUCACUUUACCCUGUGAGGGAGUUUGUUACAUUAACAAUUGACUUGUUUGGUGUUUUCUCGUGUUCUUCCCUGCAGGUGAAGGAGAGUGUGAGGCCUGCCAUGCCUCCUGUGACUCAUGUUCAGGAGAGGAGAAGAGCCAGUGUAAAACCUGUGUGAAAGGUCUGACCAUAUUUCUGCCUGUCAAUUUGUCAGAAUGUGUGUAGUGUGCACUCGUCUGUUUCCAGUGAGGUCAGCUUAAACUCUGUGAAAAGAGAAAGAUAAGCACAUCCCACUGGUUCAGUUCUCGUCCUGAUUGCAGACCGUGGCAGUGUGUGUGCGUGCUUGCGUGUGUGUCUGUCUAUUCUGACCGUAUCCUUCCUGUGCUCCUCCCAGGGCGGUUCCUGUCGGCAGAGCAUGUGUGUGUGUUGAAGUGUCCAGCGGGCUCAUUCGCCAGCCGGCUGAGCGGUGUGUGUGAGGCGUGUCCUCGGGGGUGUGUGCAGUGUGUGGACGAGCAUCACUGCACCCGCUGUCAGGUGGUACGCAAGGCCCCGCUCUACCUGCAGGACGGACAAUGUGUUCAUCAAUGCCAGAGGUCAGAGUUCAUAUGAAUAUGUUAAAGGUGAUAGUUCGGGAUUUUGGCAAAGAGGCCCUUUAUCUACUUAGUCAGAUGAACUUGUGGAUACCAUUUUUAUGUAGUCUGUGGCUGUGAAUAGGAUGCACCUGAGCUCAAUUUCGAGUCUCAUAGCAAAGGGUCUGAAUACUUAUGUAAAUUAGGUAUUUCCGCUUUUUUUUUAAAAUAACUUUUACAAAAAAUUCUAAAAACUUGUUUUGACUUUGUCAUUGUAAGGUAUUGUGUGUAGAUUGAUGAGGGAAAAAAAUAAUUUCAUCAAUUUUAGAAUAAGGCUGUAACGUAACAAAAUGUGGAAAAGGGGUCUGAAUACUUUCCGAAUGCACUGAAUACCAUCCAUUUCCCGUACGACUAAUAAAAGUUGAAACUGAUGUAGGGACUCCCUAAAAACACGCCACUUCGAUACAAGUUACUUUUCGUAGCAGUUUAGGAGAGCAUUUUCGAUAACCCUAACCAUUUUCCUAACCAUAACCUAAUUCUCAUAACCUGCAAUGUUAAUUCUCCUAACCUACUUCGUAAGUUCUUUUAACCUGCUACAAAACAUUCGUAGCUGUAUCAAAUUGCUGUGUUUUUUAGGGAAUCUCUGAUUUGAGUCUGCGUCCAGAAUGAACGAAGUUAGAGGUAGUUUCGUGAGCCAAUGCUAACUAGUGUUAGCGCAAUGACUGGAAGUCUACAGGAAUGGGUAGCAUGCUAGUCAUUGCGCUAAUGCUAGUUAGCAAUUACGCAAACGCUAGAUAGCAACUUGCUUCAAACUGCAUGCAGAGACAUAGAAAUGGUAUCCACAAGUUCAUCUGACUCUGAGGAAGUAGAAAAAGGGCCUUAUUGCAAAAAUCCCAAACUGUCCCUUUAAAGGUGCAGUUGAUAACACAUUUUUGGCUGCUCCUACACUUCUUGUCAAAUGUGUUUGUAGCUAGUACCUUAAUUCUAGACUGCAACUUCAAUGCUUUAUUUUACAUUCAUAAUCACGGUUUAACAUUUUUUCUUCUUGAAAGUCUUUGAAUCUUUAAUCCUGAUCCUAGAGACCCCAGGAUGUGCAGGUUUCUGUUCCAACGCAGGACUAAUACACCAUUUUGAUCAUGAUUUAUUGCUCCUCUUCCCACACAUCAUUGCUGUGGAAAAUGAUGAUGUAUUAUAUGACAUGGUGAUGUAUUCUAAGUAUUGUCCUCUUUAUCUAAAGGGCAUAUAUACCUUUCAUUUUACAGAACUGGAGUGCCUGCUGAACUGUACUGUACCUACUCAAACCCUCUCAGUUGUAAUGACAGCUUUCCAGAAGAUGCUCUUCUCCACCACAAUGUCAUGGAUUGACUCCAAUUGCUCACUCCCCCUUGUGGAUUUAGAAGCAUUGGAUUGGUCUAGGCAAUUUACACCAUACUUCUAACACCAGUCCAUGAGAGGGAGUAAACGAGUGCACACUUUGGGGAGAAGGGUAGAGAAUGAGGCCAUAGCCUCAGUGUGCAACUAACGUCCUAUUUGCUGUGCUCUCCCACUGUGUACUGUAGUGGGUAUCCAGCGGGCCAGGUGUGUCGUGGCUGUGCGACAGGCUGUGCCUCCUGUGAGAGGAAUGCCACUCAUUGUCUGAGCUGUGUGGAGCCCCUCCUUCUGUACAAACACCAGUGUGUGGAGGCCUGCCCCCCUGCACACACACUCAGGGACGGGGAGUGUCAGCACUGUCCCACAGCCUGCCAGGAGUGUAGCCCCCACAGCGAGUGCACAGGUGAGGCACACACAGACGAGAGUAGUGAUGGCAUAUUUGUAUUUUUAUUUUUUAAGGAUCCCCAUUAGCUGCUGCCUUUUCCUGGGGUCCAGAAAAAUUAAGGCAGUUAUAUACAAUUUCAAAUAUUACAUUACAUUACAUUUCAUAACACUUUUCACAACGCAUUAAGUGUGUUCCCUCAGGCCUCUACUCUACUAUCACAUACAGUGGGGAGAACAAGUAUUUGAUACACUGCCGAUUUUGCAGGUUUUCCUACUUACAAAGCAUGUAGAGGUCUGUCAUUUUUAUCAUAGGUACACUUCAACUGUGAGAGACGGAAUCUAAAACAAAAAUCCAGAAAAUCACAUUGUAUGAUUUUUAAGUAAUUAAUUUGCAUUUUAUUGCAUGACAUAAGUAUUUGAUCACCUACCAACCAGUAAGAAGUCCGGCUCUCACAGACCAGUUAGUUUUUCUUUAAGAAUCCCUCCACUCAUUACCUGUAUUAACUGCACCUGUUUGAACUCGUUACCUGUAUAAAAGACACCUGUCCACACACUCAAUCAAACAGACUCCAACCUCUCCACAAUGGCCAACACCAGAGAGCUGUGUAAGGACAUCAGGGAUAAAAUUGUAGACCUGCACAAGGCUGGGAUGGGCUACAGGACAAUAGGCAAGCAGCUUGGUGAGAAGGCAACAACUGUUGGCGCAAUUAUUAGAAAAUGGAAGAAGUUCAAGAUGACAGUCAAUCACCCUCGGUCUGGGGCUCCAUGCAAGAUCUCACCUUGUGGGGCAUCAAUGAUCAUGAGGAAGGUGAGGGAUCAGCCCAGAACUACACGGCAGGACCUGGUCAAUGACCUGAAGAGAGCUGGGACCACAGUCUCAAAGAAAACCAUUAGUAACACACUACGCCGUCAUGGAUUAAAAUCCUGCAGCGCACGCAAGGUCCCCCUGCUCAAGCCAGCGCAUGUCCAGGCCCGUCUGAAGUUUGCCAAUGACCAUCUGGAUGAUCCAGAGGAGGAAUGGGAGAAGGUCAUGUGGUCUGAUGAGACAAAAAUAAAGCUUUUUGGUCUAAACUCCACUCGCCGUGUUUGGAGGAAGAAGAAGGAUGAGUACAACCCCAAGAACUCCAUCCCAACCGUGAAGCAUGGAGGUGGAAACAUCAUUCUUUGGGGAUGCUUUUCUGCAAAGGGGAUAGGACGACUGCACCGUAUUGAGGGGAGGAUGGAUGGGGCCAUGUAUCGCGAGAUCUUGGCCAACAACCUCCUUCCCUCAGUAAGAGCAUUGAAGAUGGGUCGUGGCUGGGUCUUCCAGCAUGACAACGACCCAAAACACACAGCCAGGGCAACUAAGGAGUGGCUCCGUAAGAAGCAUCUCAAGGUCCUGGAGUGGCCUAGCCAGUCUCCAGACCUGAACACAAUAUAAAAUCUUUGGAGGGAGCUGAAAGUCCGUAUUGCCCAACGACAGCCCCGAAACCUGAAGGAUCUGGAGGUCUGUAUGGAGGAGUGGGCCAAAAUCCCUGCUGCAGUGUGUGCAAACCUGGUCAAGACCUACAGGAAACUUAUGAUCUCUGUAAUUGCAAACAAAGGUUUCUGUACCAAAUAUUAAGUUCUGCUUUUCUGAUGUAUCAAAUACUUAUGUCAUGCAAUAAAAUGCAAAUGUGUAUCUUUCUGGAAGACUGAAACAGGUUUCCCUCAACAAUUUCCCUGUAUUUAGCGCCAUCCAUCAUUCCUUCAAUUCUGAUGAGUUUCCCAGUCCCUGCCGAUGGAAAAACAUCCCCACAGCAUGAUGCUGCCACCACCAUGCUUCACUGUGAGGAUGGUGUUCUCGGGGUGAUGAGAGGUGUUGGGUUUGCGCCAGACAUAGCGUUUUCCUUGAUGGCCAAAAAGCUCAAUUUUAGUCUCAUCUGACCAGAGUACCUUCUUCCAUAUGUUUGGGGAGUCUCCCACAUGCCUUUUGGCGAACACCAAACGUGUUUGCUUAUUUUUUUCUUUAAGCAAUGGCUUUUUUCUGGCCUCACUUCCGUAAAGCCCAGCUCUGUGGAGUGUACGGCUUAAAGUGGUCCUAUGGACAGAUACUCCAAUCUCCGCUGUGGAGCUUUGCAGCUCCUUCAGGGUUAUCGUUUGUCUCUUUGUUGCCUCUCUGAUUAAUGCCCUCCUUGCCUGGUCCGUGAGUUUUGGUGGGCGGCCCUCUCUUGGCAGGUUUGUUGUGGUGCCAUAUUCUUUCAAUUUUAAAAAAAUGGAUUUAAUGGUGCUACGUGGGAUGUUCAAAGUUUCUGAUCUUUUUUUAUAACCCAACCCUGAUCUGUACUUCUCCACAACUUUGUCCCUGACCUGUUUGGAGAGCUCCUUGGUCUUCAUGGUGCCGCUUGCUUGGUGGUGCCCCUUGCUUAGUGGUGUUGCAGACUCUGGGGCCUUUCAGAACAGGUGUAUAUACAGUGGGGAGAACAAGUAUUUGAUACACUGCCGAUUUUGCAGGUUUUCCUACUUACAAAGCACCUCUUCCACACUCACUUUACGGAAUUCAAAAUUACAACGCUUGUCUUUCAUAAUUUCAUCAGUUAUACCGUAUUUUCCGCACUAUAAGGUGCACUUAAAAGCCUUUAAUUUUCUCAAAAAACGACAGUGCGCCUUAUAAUCCGGAGCGCCUUAUAUAUGGAUCAAUUGGUUAAUUGGUUGAUCCAUACUGGUUGUACACGGCGCUCAAGGCGCUCUGUCAAGAUGUUUCAGUAUGAAAAAACAAUAAAAACAAUUUAAUAAUAAUGAAAUGUUUCAGUACAACUGGUAAACUACAAAGCCGCACCGCUUGCAGCAUUACGGCUACCGUAGUCAGUAAACACCGGUACUGUGCUUACUCACAGUCCCACACCACUUGUGUGUGUAUAAAGACCCCAAAAUGGCACCUUUCAAGAGACACGCUUAUGACGCAGAGUUCAAGCUCAAGGCUGUCGGUCACGCAGUAGAAUAUGGGAAUAGAGCAGCAGCGAGAGAAUUCAACAUGAAUGAAUCAAUGGUACGGAAGUGGAGGAAGCAAGAAGAUGACCUGCGCCAAGUAAAGAAGACUAAACAGAGUUUCCGAGGGAACAAAGAGAGAUGGCCACAGUUAGAGGACAAAACUCGAACAGUGGGUUGUUGAACAGAGAGCAGCAAGUAGAAGCAUCUCUACAGUCACUAUUCGAAUGAAGGCAACAGUGCUAGCACGGGACAUGAUCAUCGAUGAAUUUCGAGGCGGUCCUUCUUGGUGCUUUCGUUUUAUGAAAAGACGUAAUCUCUCCAUCCGCACACGAACUACCGUCUCGCAGCAACUGCCAAAAGAUUACCAAGAAAAGCUGGUCACUUUCCGCGCAUACUGCAAAAAGAAGAUCACUGAAAAGAAGAUCCGGCCAGAGCACAUCACCAACAUGGACGAGGUUCCACUCACCUUUGAUAUUCCCGUGAACCGCACUGUGGAGAAAACGGGGACCAGUACGGUGUCUGUACGCACCACAGGGAAUGAGAAGUCAUCCUUCACUGUAGUUCUCACCUGCCAGGCUAAUGGCCAGAAACAAGAGGAAGACCUUGCCAAAAGAAAACUUUCAAGCGGGCGUCGUCAUCAAAGCUAGCCCGAAGGGAUGGAUGGAUGAGGAAAAGAUGAGUGAGUGGCUGAGAGAAAUUUACGUCAAGAGACUGGGUGGCUUUUUCCACACAGCUCCGUCCCUAUUGAUCUACGACUCAAUGCGCGCCCAUAUCACCGAUGCUGUCAAAAAACAAGUGAAGCAAACUAAUUCCGGAGCUUGCCGUCAUUCCGGGUGGAUUAACUAAAGAACUCCAGCCGCUAGAUAUUGGUGUCAACAGGGCGUUCAAAGCUAGACUGCGAGCUGCGUGGGAGCAGUGGAUAACAGAAGGCGAACACACGUUCACCAAGACGGGGAGACAGCGCCGGGCGACUUACGCCACUAUCUGCCAAUGGAUCGUGGAUGCCUAGGCUGAUAUAUCAGUCUCAACUGUGGUCAAAGCUUUCACGAAGGCAGGAAUAAUCUCUGAACUGCCAGGCAACAGCAGCGACACUGACUCUGAUAAUGACGAGAGGGAGCCGGGCAGGUUGGAUGCCGUAGUCGCCCAACUGUUCAAUUCGGACACUGAAGAAGAAUAAUUCGAGGGAUUCGUGGACGGGGAAUGAACUGAAAAAGUGAGCUUUACGUGUUAUACGUAACUGAACAAUGUUGAGUUAUGCACUAACGUUUGAUUUAGUGGUAUCAGACUGUUUCUUUUACUACGUGUUUACUGAAUCAGGGAAAAGUUCCCCUCCACGUUUGGGAGAAGAGUGAGCAAGGCUGGGAGAUAUUGUUAAUAUGCACAUUAACGUUUGAACAACGUUACCAUGGGAGUGAACAGAGUUGUCAGAAUGCUUAAUAAAGUUUGACUUUAUCUGACAGUUUUGUUGACAUUCCCUUUAGCACAGCUCCAUCUAGUGGAUGCAUAACGCAACCCCAGUCAAACGUUUGACUACAGUAUCUUCUAUUCUAUGCGCCUUAUAAUCCGGUGCGCCCUAUAUAUGAAAACAGUUCUAAAAUAGGCCAUUCAUUGAAGGUGCGCUUUAUAAUCCGGUGCGCCUUAUAGAGCGGAAAAUACGGUACUUGGAUGUGUAGUGUCAGCGUUUGUUGCUGGCAUGUCAUGCCAAAGUAUGCGAAACAUGCCAAUGAAAAAAAUCAUUAAAUGAAUUGCCAAUUUCAGUGGGUUUUGUGAUGAGUGAGCCAUCUGAUUCAAUGAAUGAUGAAAUGGUGUUGAGUUUGCCUUUUUGCCCAAAAUUGUAUUUAAGGUGCUCCAAAGCUUUUUAUUAUCAUUCCUUAUAUCAUUUGUCUUUGUUUCAUAGUAUAGUUUAUUCUUCCUUUUAUUCAGUUUAGUCACAUGAUUUCUCAAUUUGCAGUACGUUUGCCAAUCGGUUUUGCAGCCAGACUUAUUUGCCAUUCCUUUUGCCUCAUCUCUCUUAACCAUACCAUUUUUCAAUUCCUCAUCAAUCCAAGGCGAUUUUAAGGUUUUUAGUCAUUUUCUUAAUGGGUGCAUGCUUAUUAGUAACUGGAAUAAGCAAUUUCAUAAAUGUGUCAAGUGCAGCGGCUGGUUGCUCCUCAUUACACACCACAGACCAACAAACAUUCUUUAUACACUAUAUUAGGCCCAGCCUUUGGAACUUUGGUUUUCCUAGAUAUGGCUACUAUAUUGUGAUCACUACAUCCGAUGGAUUUGGAUACUGCUUUAAAGGACAUUUCUGCAGCAUUAGUAAAGAUGUGAUCAAUACAUGUUGAUGAUUUAAUUCCUGUGCUGUUUGUAACUACCCUGGUAGGUUGACUGAUAACCUGGACCAGGUUGCAGGCACUAGUUACAGUUUGAAGCUUUUUCUUGAGUGGGCAGCUUGAUGAAAGCCAGUCAAUAUUUAAAUCACCCAGAAAAUAUACCUCUCUGUUGAGAUCACAUACACUAUCAAGCAUUUCACAUGUUAUCCAGAUAAAGGGCAAAGAGAGAAGAAGAGAUAUUAAAAUCAAUAGGUAGCCAGACAGGGAACAAGAAAUUCCCUCUCUUAAUCCAUCAGUCUCCUUUCUCUCUCUCUCUCUCUCUCCCCCCCCCCCAGGCUGUGAGGAGUACCACUUCCUCUACGAGGGCCGCUGUGUGGUGGACUGUCCCGAGAGGUUCUUCCAGGACUCUGAGCAGGAUGUGUGUGUCCGCUGUCACCCUGACUGUGCCCAGUGUGAUGGUCCGGACGGGGACGACUGUGACUCCUGUGCAGACCCAGAGGCUACCCUGCACAACGGAGCCUGUCUGCCGAACUGCCCCUCCCACACCUAUAGGGACAGCAGGACUGGGCAGUGCAAAGGUGAGGAGGCUUAGAUCUUGACACAGUGGUUCCUAAGUAUUUUAGGACUGAGAUCCCUUUAAACCCUUUACAAGUUUGUGCCCUACCAAAUAAAGAAAACCAACCACAAGGGGAAAAGUAUGCACUUCUCCAGUGUACUAUAGGUAAUUUAGACUCUUGACUAGGUAAUGUAGAUUCCAUGCAACCCAGUGCUGUGACAUAUCUGGUUUCUGUGUGAUAUCUAGUUUCUCUGUGCUAACUUUUUCCAGACUGCGAUGGCUCCUGUCUCACGUGCUCGGGGCCCCACGCUGGCUCCUGCUCCAGCUGCAGAGAGGGUCAGAGAGUGGACGCCCAUGGACACUGUGACCCCCUGGUCAACAGGUGCACCCCCCGCCACUACACUGACCAGGAUGGAGAAUGCCACCCAUGCCACAAGUACUGCCAGCAGUGCAACGGGCCAGGCAAGAGCCACUGUCUGAGCUGCAACCAGAACCAUUUUAUACUGAGUGAGUGGAGUCAUUCUCAUUUCUCAAUCCCUGAUCAGACACCAGUGUUAUGCUAGCUGUAGAUAAGACACAGUGCAAUGCUAAGAAUAGAAGAGAAGAGAAAAAACAGUCACUGAAAGUAUAUUUUGUUUAGAACAGGGGUGACGAACUCAUUUUGCCAUUCGGUUUUCAUUGAGGCCCGGAAGGGCCACACUGAUAAUGUGUUAUAUUUCCUUGCCGACAAAAUUAGCUAAAAAUAGUCCUCUAUCCAUCAUUUUUGGAAUUGUUGAUGCUCCCUGACUGUCUAGUGAUUAUUAGCGAGCUGGACAGUCAAGAAACUGUAUGAAUAUAGGUCCAUUAUCAUUUCUACACAGUUCUGAUUUGGUUUGAGUCUUUUUGAAGUAUAUUGAGUUAGUUUCCCCCUUAAAAAAUAUAUAUAUAUUUAUAUAUAUUUUUUUUACUCAAACCACCCGCCGGCCGGAUUAGACCCUAUGUUUGACACCCCUGGUUUAGAUGUUUAAUUCAUGAGUAGCAGUAGCAGAUGUAACAAACAAGACACUUUUCCACGCCAGCCGUCGUGAACAGAAAUUGUUAAUUUGGCCUGAGCCACCAUUUCAUGUUGAAUGAUUAGUGUGUGUGUUUGUGCAUGUGCACGUGCGUGUGCUUGUGUGUGUGUGUGUACGCUCAUCCGUGUGGGUGUGUGUGUGCAGAUGGUACCUGCAUGGACAUCUGUCCUACUGGGUUCUACCAAGAGGAGUCAGGCCAGAGAUGUGAAGCAUGUCACCCAGCCUGUCUCACCUGCAUGGGCAGACACAGCCACGAGUGUCUCAGCUGCAAGGACCACCUAUUCAGAGAGGGCAAGGAGUGUGUGGACACCUGCCAGAUAAGGUAUAAUUAUAGUAUUGUUAUUUAUCUGUCACUUUGACUUUGGAAGAUAAUGUUAGGAUAUGGUCGCAUAGUUAUUUUAUCAAUUUUAUUUUAUCCAAAACAACUUAUAUUAUUUAUGACAAUGCUAUAAUUUUUUAACAGUUAACAUUAACUCCAGUAUAUGUGGCCCAUGUAUAGCAACUCACAAACUCAAAAUGUUAGUGUUGCAUCACCAUGCUCCAUCGGACCUGGACCAAUGGAGUCUGGGCAGACCAUUCAUCAUAUUGUGUUGUUUCACGCACACUGUGUCUUCUGUGCUGUAUAAUAUAUUGAGACCUCAGACAACAGGUAUAUUCCAUUGAAUAACAAUGGAGCUCACAACUGAGCUAUUACUUGUCUUGAGAUUUAAAUGGCCCUUCAUAUGCCCUGAUAAAUGCUAAUUAGACCCGGUUGUAUUUGAGCAGGCAUGAUUGAGAGGGUUAAAUUAAUGUGCCGUUAAAUUGAUGCCCCGUUUAAUAUCUCAAAGAGGUUACAAAAUGCACACAAAUGGUCACAACGGAUAUUUAUUGCCGUGACAUGUUUCCCAAACACACACCUACAAGCAUUGGGACACACCAAUGACUUUAUACAGUGCAUUCGGAAAGUAUUCAGACCCCUUAAUUUUUACCACAUUUUGUUACAUUACAGCCUGUUUCUAAAAUGGAUUAAAUUGGUUUUUUUCCCUCAUAAAUGUACACACAAUACCACAUAAUGACAAAGCAAAAACAUGUUUUUAGAAAUUGAAAUAUCACAUUUACAGAAGUAUUCAGACCGUUUACUCAGUACUUUGUUGAAGCACCUUUGGCAGCUAUUACAGCCUCGAGUCUUCUUGGGUAUGACGCUACAAGCUUGGCACACCUGUAUUUGGGGAGUUUCUCCCAUUCUUCUCUGCAGAUCCUCUCAAGCUCUGUCAGGUUGGAUGGGGAGCGUCGCGGCACAGCUAUUUUCAGGUCUAUCCAGAGACGUUCGAUCGGGUUCAAGUCCGGGCUCUGGCUGGGCCACUCAAGGACAUUCAGAGACUUGUCCCGAAACCACUCUAGCGUUGUCUUGGCUGUGUGCUUAGGGUCGUUGUCCUGUUGGAAGGUGAACUUUCGCCCCAGUCUGAGGUCCUGAGCACUCUGGAGCAGGUUUUCAUUACAUUUACGUCAUUUAGCAGACGCUCUUAUUCAGAGCGACUUACAUGAGCAAUUAGGGUUAAGUGCCUUGCUCAAGGGCACAUCGACAGAUUUUUCACCUAGUCGGCACGGGGAUUAGAACCAGCGACCUUUCGGUUACUGGCACAGCGCUCUUACCCACUAAGCUACCUGCCGCCCAUCAAUGAUCUCUCUGUACUUUGUUCCGUUCAUCUUUCCCUCGAUGCUGACAAGUCUCCCAGUCCCUGCCGCUGAAAAACAUCCCCACUGAAUGAUGCUGCCACCACCAUCCUUCACCGCAGGGAUGGUGCCAGGUUUCCUCCAGACGUAACGCUUGGCAUUCAGGCCAAAGAGUGCAAUAUUGGUUUCAUCAGACCAGAUAAUCUUGUUUCUCAUGGUCUGAGAGUCCUUUAGGGGCCUUUUGGCAAUCUCCAAGUGGGCUGUCAUGUGCCUUUUACUGAGGAGUGGCUUCUGUCUGGCCACUCUACCAUAAAGGCCUGAUUGGUGGAGUGCUGCAGAGAUGGUUGUCCUUCUGGAAGGUUCUCUCAUCUCCACAGAGGAACUUUGGAGCUCUGUCAGAGUGACCAUUGGGUUCUUGGUCACUUCCCUGACCAAGGCCCUUCUCCCUCGAUUGCUCAGUUUGGCCGGGCGGCCAGCUCUAGGAAUAGUCUUGGUGGGUCCAAACUUCUUCCAUUUAUGAAUGAUGGAGGCCACUGUGUUCAAGGGGACCUUUAAUGCUGCAGAAAUGUUUUGGUACCUUUCACCAGAUCUAUGCCUCGACACAAUCCUGUCUCAGAGCUCUACGGACAAUUCCUUCGACCUCAUGGCUUGGUUUUUGCUAUGACAUGCACUGUCAACUGUGGGGCCUUAUAUAGACAGAUGUGUGCCUUUCCAAAUCAUGUCCAAUCAAUUGAAUUUACUACAGGUAGACUCCAAUCGAGUUGUAGAAAGUAUGAAGAAAAAAAUAUAUGUAUGCACUCACUAACUGUAAGUCGCUCUGGAUAAGAGCGUCUGCUAAAUGACUAAAAUGUAAAAUGUAGAAACAUCUCAAGGAUGAUCAAUGGAAACAGGAUGCACCUGAGCUCAAUUUUGAGUCUCAUAGCAAAGGAUCUGAAUACUUAUGUAAAUAAAGUAUUUCUGUUUUUAUUUUUAAUACAUUUGGAAAAAAUUCUAAGAACUUGUUUUCACUUUGUCAUUAUGGUAUAUUGUGUGUAGAUUGAGGGAAAACAUUUAUUUAAUCAAUGUUAGAAUAAGGCUGUAACAAAAUGUGGAAAAAGGGGUCUGAAUACUUUCCUAUGUGAAGACUCAGUAGUGCAUUGAAGCCAAGUGAAGGUAGUUAAGAUGGCUUCCCAUGGAGACACAGUUUGAAAUGACCCUGUCCUUAUAAUUUCUACUGUGUGGGAUUUUUAAAUAAUCGGUUCAAGGACAUACAUCUGGUGUAUUAGAAGCAGAUAUUGGUACACAUCUCCUACACAGACGCCUAUAAACAGUGACACGCAUCCACACACACAGACACACACAUAUAAAUAGUCACAGUCUCACACAGACACACACACACAAACACACACACACACAAACACCUAUAAACAGCUACACAUCCCAACACACCUACUCACACUGUCCCUGAUCGGUGUCCCUGUCUGACUUGCACUGUCUCGCAGUUACUAUGGAAACAUGACCUCGAGGACGUGUGAGAGGUGUGACCCGAGCUGUGGUGAGUGUUCCGGGAGCAGGGCGGAUGACUGUCUGAACUGUGCAGAUGGACUGCUCUACCUGAGGAAACAGGGACACUGUCACUCCAGCUGUCCCCAGGGCCACUACCAGGACAGCCAGCACCACACCUGUGAGCCCUGUCACUCCAGCUGCAGAACCUGCUCAGGUAGGGAGGACGAGAGACCUGUGUGUGUGUCUCUGUCUUAGUCUCUGUUUUUCACAGUUGGAUCACAUAAGAUACUUUGGAACCCAGUAAAUACUUGUUACCAUAAUCAUUAAGGGGCUGUUUCCCGGACCUGGAUGCAGAUUAAGCCUAUUCCAGGACUGAAAGGCACUUUCUAUGGAGAUUUUUAAUUGAGCAUAUGUUUUAGUCCAGAAUUAGACUUAAUCUGGUUUGGGAAAAGUAAAUCGAUCUGUUUUUGGCAUUAACAAGUGAUUGAAUAUCGACCUAUUCCUAAAACACAGAACAACAAGACAGAUUUCCCAGCUAGCACAUUUGGUUCCUUGGAAGUUGUGGGAACGUAUGUUUUUGGUUUCCCAUUGGUUCUGCGAACGAAGCCAUACAUUUUGAAUGUUUUCUUGUGUUUUUUAUGGAAAGUUUUCUUAAUGUUCUGGGAACAUCACUUUAAAUAGAACCAUGAGGAAACCUGCAGAAAACGUUAUGCUGAAGUGCUGAAAUUCCCAACAAGCUCUCACAGUCUAACGUCGGAGUAAGACGUUCAUCCAUGUUUCUCAAAUGUCACAUUUUGAAGUUGUUCCAUUGUUGAAGUGUUUUAAGGUUAAGUUUAGGUAUUAACUCUGAAUGGUUAAGAUAAGGGUUAAGGUUUGGGAUAGGCUUAAAACAAAAAUCUCAAAAACAACUUAGUAUAGCUGGAUUCGAACAUUCAAUCUUUGGAACCAAAGGCAGAUGCUUAUGUCCAUCUGCCAUCCCUGUCCACAAUGCCCUAGCAAAACCGAAAUCUACUUGAAGGUAACAGAGCUCACUAAUGCCUCUAGUGGCUGGUUUCCACGUAAUCUCCCGACAUCUUCAGAUACUGAUGGACGUUGAAUAUUGAUUUGUACCACGGGUGACCUGGCUGGAAAUUCCCACAGAAGAAAGCUGUUGCUUAAUAAUCUCUGAACGUUCUGAGAACAUGAUUUUAAAUAGAACCACGAGGAAACCGGUAGAAAACGUUAUGCUAACGUACUGAAAUUCCCACAGAGGAACGUUGUCUCUUAACGUUCUUGGAACAAUUUGAGAACAUUACUUUAAAUAGAACCAUGAGGAAACCUGUAGGAAACGUUAUCCUGAAAGAUUGAAAUUCCCUCAGAAGAACGUUGAUUCUUAACAUUCUCUGAACUAUUUGAGAACAUUCCCAGUGUCAAACCAGUUGGAGAAUGUUCUUAGAUCAUGACCAAAAUUGAAAUUAAAUGCAACAAUGUUUAAACUUUUAGGAAAAAUUAUGUUAAAGUAAUGAAAUACCAAUAACAUUUUUGUAUUUGUCACGUUCCAAAGCCAAUCAACUGUCCUGCACCAUUCCCAGAAAGUUGUGGGAAGGUUGUAUGCAAAAUAACCAUAGGACAAUCACAAGAAACAUACAGUUCUCAGAACGUUAUCUGUUCGCUGGGUUGUGUCUUUAAAUUGACAAACUAAAUCCAGCAGGAAAGAAAAACUAUGCACUGUAAUGUCAUGCCAUCUAUGGUACAGUACAAGUGCCCAACAAUGUAAUUGUCCUAUAUUUCCAGGAAAAGGAUCUCAGGCGUGUGACUCGUGUCACAUGGGCUACACGCUGUCAGACGGAAUGUGUGAGUCCCACUGCAACAUGGGUCAAUACCCCAUGCUACAGGUAACCACUAAUACCCAUUACUCACCACUACUCUAUCUCUGUACUGUAUAAUGUACUUCAUGUUAGUCACACAUGUCAGGCAUGACACACUCCCUGAUGUCACAAAUAAAGUUAUAUACGUCCUGAUGCCAAUACAGAAAUGAGUGCAGUGUUAAAUGAUUGAUUACAAUAAACUUGUUUGAUCGAUGGUUGUUAGUGUUGUUUGUCUGGAGAGCGGUACCUGGUUACCGGGUAGAAAUGUGUCCCUAGUUAAAAGGCAGGUUUGUGGCUCUCAAGGACCUGUGCUCUGCACCCUUGACUUAAACUUACCUUGUCCUUUCACAUCUGCACAAGUGCAUUAUAGAAAGUAGCGGGGUUAGGAGUUAAUUGAGGUGGGGCCUGUGUGCUGAUUCCUCAUGUCUUCUCUCCUUGACUCCUUCUCAAAAUGCAUUGGAGAAGGUCCAAGGGUAGAACCAUUCUGAGAAGGCGGCAAGGAGAGAGGACACAAGGAAUCAAGGAUAUAGAAUUGAGACUCACCCCGUUUCUUUGUCAAGGAAUCAAGGAAAAUACUUUUGAGAUUCACCCUGUUUGUGUGACAGCCUAUCCCCUUGUGGUCUUCUGGCCAGGAUUGUGAGGACUGUGACAGUUCCUGUCUGGACUGUAUGGGACCUGGUCCAUACAACUGCACCAUUUGUCCUGCCCAUGCCAUCCUCACAGCCGGGGGGCGCUGUCUGCUCUGCUGUCAGAACGACCUGCCAGUAGAGGGAGAUUCCACAGCGCAGCAGCAGGAGUGCUGCAACUGCACCGAGACAAGAGGUGGGCUCAGGGCAGACCAGAGUUCAAAUACUAUAUGAAAUCAUUCAAAAUACUUUAGCUGUGCUUGAUUGAGCUUACCUGGUGCAAAGGAACCAAUAGAAUAGAUGCAAAAAGUGCAAACCUCACCAAUCUGGCAAUCCAGCCAGGUUAAAGCAAACGCUAAAAGUAUUUGACAGACUUUAUUUAAACGCAGGUCUGGAAUGAGUUUAUAGCAACAAGCAUCAUGUUCAUGUGUUCACCCACCCUAUCACAUGUUCGUUGUCUUUUUCUCCGGUCUACAGGGGAGUGCGUCCUCAGCACUAACCUGGCCUUCCGCAAUGACGAAGUGGAGUCAUCCGGGAACAUGGCACUCUUCAUCACCACCUCCAUCCUACUCCUGCUGGGCCUGGGUACCGUAGUCUUCCUCAUCCGACGCUCCCGCUCCAAGAUCCCCUCCCUCCCCGACCCCAUCACAGCCCCCCGUGGCUACGAGAAGCUGGGUGGCGGGUGGCACGGAGGCGGGCGUCAUAAUACCACAUCCGGCGGGCACGCCAGUUCCAGCGGGCAUUUCCGCGAGGCCCAGUUGGUGGAUCUCACCGAGCGCCGCGGGGAUAAGGAUGAGGAAGAUGAGGAUGAUGAUGAGGAUAUUGUGUACAUGGGUCAGGAUGGAACGGUCUACAGGAAGUUCAGGUACGGACAGCCAGGGAAUGAUAAUGACGAUGAGCUGGAGUACGAUGAUGAGAGCUAUACAUUUCGCUGA